GCGAAUAAUAAUGGCAAAAGUGCAAAUUAGAGUGGAGUCGCUGCCCUCUAUUGUUCUCCUUAUAUAAAAGGUCACAAGGCGACCGACGCCCCUUCGAAGCUAGGGUUUCUGAACAGCAGAAAUGGGUAAGGGAACAGGAAGCUUCGGUAAGAGGAGGAACAAGACUCACACGCUUUGCGUGCGGUGCGGUCGCCGUAGCUUCCACCUCCAGAAGAGCCGUUGCGCCGCCUGCGGCUUCCCCUCUGCCCGUAUCAGAAAAUACAACUGGAGCAUGAAGGCAAUCCGGAGGAAAUCAACUGGAACUGGUCGUAUGAGGUAUCUCCGUCAUGUUCCGCGUAGGUUCAAGAGUAACUUCAGAGAAGGUCUGUUGGUGCUUCCUUCCCCUUUCACUUACCUGAAUGAUUUAUUUUUUGGGAAUUCCCUGCUUGCCUUCAAAUUCUAGAUUUGUUACACUCAUUUCUGAUAGCCCCUUUAUCUAUACUAUUAUUUCUGAUUAGCCCCUUUUUGUUUUCUUUGUGGUGUUGGGUCAGGUACUCAAGCAGCUCCGAGGAAGAAGGGAGCAGCUGCCUCUUAAGUUUUAGAAGGCCCUUUGUAGUUUGUUUGCGGUGGUUAAAUUGUUACGGGAAACCAGUUUUUCAAGCACUGUUAAGUGAACCAUUUAUUUGCUGUCACAAUAUGUUGUCUACAUUUACUUUGUUCUAGCAAGACACCAUUACUUUAAAGAUGUUGACAUCAUUUAUUCGUAAGAGGAAUUUUGAUA